UGUAUGUGUGUGUGCGCGCGCGUUUGUGUGUUUGCGUAUGUGACAUAUUCCCGCAAGAUGGCGGCGCCCCCGGAAGAUGAGAGUUUGGAGUCGCGUAUCAAUCGAGCUACAAAUCCACUUAAUAAAGAGCUGGAUUGGGACAGCAUUCGUGCAUUUUGUGAACAGCUCAACAAGGAACUGGAAGGUCCUCAGCUUGCAACUAGACUCCUUGCUCACAAGAUACAGUCUCCACAAGAAUGGGAAGCUUUGCAAGCUUUGACAGUUUUAGAGACCUGCAUGAAAAACUGUGGAAAGAGAUUUCAUAAUGAAGUUGGAAAGUUUAGAUUUCUUAAUGAGCUAAUAAAAGUAGUUUCACCCAAGUACCUGGGUACACGAGCCCCUGAGAAAGUGAAGUUGAAAAUUUUGGAGCUGAUGUAUAGUUGGACAGUCGGGUUACCCGAUGAAACCAAAAUUGCUGAUGCAUAUCAGAUGCUAAAAAAACAGGGUAUUGUAAAACAAGACCCCAUCUUGCCAGAUGAUAAACCUCUUCCACCACCUCCCCCAAGACCCAAAAAUGCAAUUUUUGAAGAUGAGGAAAAAUCCAAGAUGCUGUCCCGUCUUCUGAACAGUACUCAUCCUGAAGACUUACGAGCUGCCAACAGAUUAAUCAAGGAGAUGGUGCAAGAGGAUCAGAAAAGAAUGGAAAAGAUAUCAAAGCGUGUUGCUGCUAUCAAGGAGGUUAAUAAUAAUGUUAAGAAUUUAACUGAAAUGUUAAACAAUUACAAUAAGGAGACUUCAACAGAAAGCAAUGAAGAAGUCAUAAAGGAGCUGUAUCAACGUUGUGAUAAGAUGAGGCCUACUCUGUUUCGUUUAGCCAGUGAUACUGAAGACAAUGAUGAAGCUUUAGCUGAAAUUCUGCAAGCAAAUGACAACUUAACACAAGUGAUUAAUAUGUACAAACAAGUAGUAAAAGGGGAAGAAGUGAAUGGAGAAAGUUCAACUACACCUAGAAUGUCAGGAAGCAGUUCAGCACUGCUAGAUUUGACUGGGCUUGACACAUCAGUUUCUUCAGCUACACCAUUUUACCCAGCAGUUCCUACGCUUUCACAAGGUCAUAUUGCUCCUUCUACUGAGAUGAGUCUGUCUUUUCUUGAUGAUGAGCUCAUGACACUAGGGCUUAAUGAGACAAAUCCAACUCCAAGCAUAACUACCCAAACCUUAGACUCCAGUGGGUGGCACUCCUUUCAGUCUUCAGAUGGUAUGGAUCUAACUACUCCAGCAGCACCGACUGUUGUACUUAAACCAGCUGUGCCAAGUCAUCCUCCAUCCACGCAAGGACCUUCAGUAAACAGCAAGGCCCUUGAUGAUCUAGAUCUUCUAGGGAAGACAUUACUUCAGCAGUCUUUGCCUCCAGAAGCAAUGCAAGUUAAAUGGGAUAAACAACAGCAACAUGCAAAGCCAACCCUUCGGGACCUGCAGCAUAAAUCAAACCCACUUGGUACUGUAGCUGGACCUGCUGUUUCUAGUAGCUCUGCUCCAGUCUCAACUAGCCCAUCUAAACCUUCCUUUUCUGGUAUGACCUCCAGCACAGUAGAGCAGACUGCUUCUCAACUUGGGUCCCUAGCAUCUGCUGCACAGCAAGAAGAACUCAGCCUCGCUAAUGUCAAUGUCCCACUCGAGUCCAUCAAACCUAGUAGCAUCCUGCCCGUGACAGUGUUUGACAGUAACAGCUUUCGAGUUCUGUUUCAUUUUGCUCAAGAUCCUCCUCCUGGCCGGCCAGAUGUCUUGGUGGUGGUCAUUUCUAUGAUUAGCACUGCCCCCCUUCCUAUGCACAAUAUUGUCUUUCAGUCCGCCGUACCCAAGACGAUGAAGGUAAAGCUGCAACCUCCCUCGGGAACAGAACUUCCAGCAUUUAAUCCAAUCAUACCUCCUACAGCAAUAACACAGGUCCUUCUUCUAGCAAAUCCACAUAAGGAGAAAGUGCGAUUAAGAUACAAGCUGACAUUCACAAUGGGUGAUGAAACAUAUGAUGAGAUGGGUGAUGUGGACCAAUUUCCUACCCCUGAAUCCUGGGGUUGCCUUUAAAAGAGAAUGAUUUUCCUGUGCCAGCACCACAAUUUGUUGCAGCAGUCAACUGGCUCUUCAGUUAUCACUAAAAUUUGCCAUAAGUGACGUGGUAGCAACACUCUCAACUGAUGUGUAUCCAAGUUUAAGGGGGGGAAAAAAGGAGAAAAAGACUUCCCACCUCUGAAACAAACUUUAUAUCUUUGUUUUUAUUUCUUCUUUUAUUUUUGUCUUCAGUUUGUGGUAAGUCGCACACAACCUCCUUUGAAUGACUACUAAAGUUCAAGAAUUUUUAAUUUACUGAAUUGCUGAAUUGUUGCCAGCUAUGUAGGAAAUGUCCCAUGGGGUUUCCAGUAUUGAUUAGGGUAAAGUGUUGCUUCUUAAGGCACUGUGGCAUUGAUUUGUUAUGAAGCAAACCAUUCCACCUCAGACGGAUGUAGCCCACUUCAUGUAUUAACUCCUUGAAUUUUACUGUGAUGCUAAAUACUGUCCAUGACAAAACUGCACUGCGGAGCUCUGCUAGUUUGUUGCGUACAUCUUUAUGUCUUGUCUAUGUAGGUUCAAACACAUUGCAGACAGAAUCUUCCAAGACACUAAAAGAUUGACUACUGGGUAAACGUGGACAGACUGAAUGUCUGAGCUAUUGUAGAGUAGUGCAGAAAAGAAGAAAUGAUUGCACUGAUUCACCAUAACAGCAACUUUGCGUUCUUAGGCCGGGAAAGUCAGCAUCUGGACAGCCCAAAAAACUUUGUAGCUCUUUACUGCCUUACAUUGGAUUGCUUAGUUCUUUCUUACGUCUUCUCAUUUUCUGCAGCCAGCCGACUUCUCUAUCCUGGCCAUUUUCAUUUACCUCCUUAAAUUUGCUGGCAGCAAUAAAAAACAGUCCAAGCACGUGUGCAGUGUUGAAUUGGAAGGGGCGCGGAAGUACGUUUUUGGGUUAGCAUGGAAAUCUGCGCUGUUCACUUAUCAUGAGUUUUUGUUUUUUUAUAUUAGGGCAUCAAAAUAUUCAAAGCACUGCCUUGAUACUUGACAAGCAGCAAGGUGGGCCUGUAACCUUAAGUUACAUCCAAAAAUGAAAUGCAUAAACUUCCAAAUGUCUGGCUGAAUUGUGACAUUUUUUUUUUCUUUCUAUUGAAUGAAGAGCUCUUAACAUUCUGGAUGUGCCGUAUUUAACGUUAAUCACGACUUAGCAAUAGACAGCUCAGCUCAGCACUGUGGAUGUGAGAUUUGGGUCUGCUGCGCAAAUCUGAAGGUGUCUUCCAAAGAUAGCAAAGACAAAUCACAAGAGGAUUCACUGAUGGUUUAUGCAGUUGGGUAAAAGAUAUUAAAUAGCACAAAUCUUUUUUAUUUUGCUUUUAAAAGCAAGAACCAAUGCUAAUGUAUAUCACCAUUUGAACAAUCCUUUACUAACUGACUUGUUUCCUUGUGUGUUUCUUUUUGUGCUGGAAAGACAACACUAAAGCUUUUUGGCUCAUUAUUUGAAGGAGGGGAGCAUUCAGUCGGCCAGCCCUGGCAGCCAAGGCGAGUGUCUUCUUUCUUACUGAACCUGUCACAUUUGGUAAUUUGGGGGUCCUAUAACAAUAGGAGACAUGGCAGUUCAAGGUAAACUAACUAAACUUACAGAUAGGAACAUGAAUUUUUCAAAAGCAAAACAAAAAAUGCAGGGUUUGAAACAAAAGCCACCAACCUCUGUUGCUUCCACUUAGCCUAACAUGGAAGAAAUUGCCUGUAUGCCUGUGUUUUAGAAGUCUAAUAAUUGAAACAGAACCAUCUUAUACUUAAAUGCCGAAUGUGCCUGUUGUAUUUUUUGUUUCAUUUUGGAAUAUUUAUUUAAAGGGAAAGUUUCGACUCUUCCUUUUAAUGUUAUAUAUAGACAACAACGUGUGUAUGCGAGUGCACGAUUGUUUGAUGCAGAAGGACACGGCUAGCAAAUGGUGUCGGGCCUGCUCAGCUUAUUAGCCUUAAAUGGACACACUGGUCUCCUUCCCAUCACUCGCAUUUCAUACCCUGAAGGCUGACCCUUAACAGACCACACAGCCAUCAGCUUUUACUCUCAUGACAUCUGUGUUCAAACUCAUGAACCCUUCAUCACGUGUCUGUGGGCUCUUGUGCACCAUCUUUAGGAACCACAACCAUACGUUACUGCAGGAAUGUUUGAAUUGUUUGACUUCUUUAAACAAAACAAAAAAAAAAAAAAAGUAACUUUUCUGAUAAAAAGGCUUUGUAAAUAUUUUGUUUCACAAUUAUGUAAAUUUACACUCUAAUAAUGUAGUGCAAAUAUGUAUUUAUGGGAAAUAAAGUUAUUCUUUUUUGGGGCUUCAA